CGAGUGCAGCACAUGCUAUACGUUGCACUGGUGACGCUGUGCGGUCGAGCUCGCAUCAUCGGUGAUUUGGAUACGAGCAAUGAGAAAGUGAACGAAUACAUCAGGCGCUGGUCGUUGAAUCGCAACGAACAACGAACUCUUUUGCGCCUCAUACACUGGGCUCUCAUCAACGACGGCCGAGCCGACCAGGCCGCUAAGACGAUGACUGCGCUUCUUGGCACAUAUACGGACGAGGAUGCUGCAUCGGCGGUUGAGGAUGCUCGCGAAUGUGUCCGAACAGCAGUUGUCGAUCCCAAAUCAUUCAGUUUCGACCAUCUUUUACGACUUUCAGCUGUGAAAUUAUUGCAGAAGGUAUGUUUGUAA